CGUCCGGGGCAGGAGGCCAGGAGGGAGAUCUCCGUCCAGAAUCUUCCAGCCGCUCUCGUUUCCUCUGCUUUUGCUUUCCAUUUUGUUCUCUCUCGUCUCCUCGCCGUCGCCGACCAGGACAUCGCCUCCUCCUCAUCUCCCUCGCAGACUUGUCUUCGAGCCCUAGCCCUUGCGCCUCGAGUCCAGCUCCUGCGGGGAGCACCAGCCGCCACCGCGGAAGCGAAAGCAGCGGUCGCCUCAAGGAGCCGCAGCUGGAGUAGAGACCGGGAAAGGGAGGGGUUCCCUCCGCCCCGGGAUGGACGACGGCGACAGUGCCGUCCGGAGCGUCGACAAGGCCGGCGCCGCCCCGGGCGACGACGGCAGCGCGACACCGCUACCGGAGACGGUUCAAAUUGGUAAUUCGCCUACUUACAGACUUGACAGAAAGCUUGGAAAGGGAGGAUUUGGGCAAGUAUAUGUUGGUCGCCGUAUUUCCUCUCCUAGUGUUAGUGACAGGAUGCCCGGUGCAAAUGCUUUAGAGGUUGCAAUCAAAUUUGAACAUCGGACCAGCAAAGGUUGCAACUAUGGUGCUCCUUAUGAGUGGCAAGUUUACAACACUCUUAGUGGAAUUCAUGGCGUACCAAGAGUACACUACAAAGGGAAGCAAGGAGAGUAUUAUAUCAUGAUUAUGGACAUGUUGGGGCCAAGCCUAUGGGAUGUUUGGAAUAAUAACUCUCACUCUAUGUCUGUUGAAAUGGUGGCUUGCAUUGCUAUAGAAGCAAUUUCCAUACUGGAGAAGAUGCACUCAAAAGGGUACGUCCAUGGAGAUGUAAAACCUGAAAACUUUUUGCUUGGACCUCCAGGCACCCUAGAAGAGAAGAAACUUUUUCUUGUUGACCUUGGUUUAGCCACCAGAUGGAAAGACACUGGUACAGGAGAGCAUGUUGAAUAUGAUCAAAGGCCUGAUGUCUUCAGAGGAACUGUUCGGUAUGCUAGCGUGCAUGCUCAUUUGGGGAGAACUGGAAGCAGGAGGGAUGACCUGGAAUCUCUUGCCUACACACUUGUAUUUCUUCUGCGUGGUCGCCUUCCUUGGCAAGGAUACCAGGGGGAGAACAAAGGUUUCCUUGUCUGCAAGAAAAAGAUGGCAACUUCUCCGGAAUCUCUGUGUUGCUUUUGCCCACAACCUUUCCGACAAUUUAUUGAGUAUGUUGUGAACUUAAAGUUUGAUGAAGAACCAAACUAUGCAAAGUGCAUCUCUCUUUUUGAUGGCAUUGUUGGUCCAAACCCAGACAUAAGGCCAAUCAAUACAGAUGGUGCUCAGAAGCUUAUAUUUCAGGUAGGCCAGAAGAGAGGUCGCCUUAUGAUGGAGGAAGAUGAUGAUGAGCAGCCCAAAAAGAAGAUUAGGAUGGGAAUGCCUGCGACCCAAUGGAUUAGUGUUUACAAUGCCAGGCGGCCUAUGAAACAGAGGUAUCACUACAAUGUUGCAGACAGCAGGUUAGCUCAGCACAUUUCAAAGGGAAAUGAAGAUGGCUUGUUUAUAAGCUCUGUCGCCUCUUGUUCAAAUCUGUGGGCUUUGAUAAUGGAUGCUGGCACUGGAUUUACUUCUCAAGUAUAUGAACUUUCUCCAUAUUUUCUUCACAAGGAAUGGAUAAUGGAGCAAUGGGAGAAGAACUUCUAUAUUACUGCCCUAGCAGGGGCAAACAAUGGCAGUUCACUAGUGGUCAUGUCGAGAGGAACACAAUAUGCCCAGCAAUCCUACAAAGUAAGCGACUCAUUCCCUUUCAAGUGGAUAAACAAAAAGUGGAAGGAGGGUUUUUAUGUUACUGCUAUGGCCACAGCAGGAAGUCGGUGGGCAGUGGUCAUGUCUCGGAAUUCUGGCUUUUCGGCACAGGUUGUCGAGCUUGAUUUCUUGUAUCCAAGUGAGGGUAUCCAUCGACGCUGGGAUAAUGGAUUUCGCAUCACAGCUACUGCAGCUACAUGGGAUCAGGCAGCGUUUAUCUUGAGCAUCCCCAAAAGGAAACCUGCUGACGAAACACAGGAAACCCUAAGAACGUCUGCUUUCCCCAGCCAGCAUGUGAAGGACAAAUGGGCGAAAAAUCUCUACUUAGCUUCCAUUUGCUAUGGAAGAACAGUGUCAUGAGGUCUGCCCUGUUUGGCUGGUGUACACUGUAGAGUUUAUUUAUAUGGAUUACUGAAUUACUAGAUUUGGAAUUUUGAACGGCAACAAUAUUUCUAAUUUGCCCUCCUAUAAUUAACCAAUCUGAUAGAAGCGGAAGCCUGCUCUGUUCAGUUGAUAGUUGCCUUAGCUGCCUAGCAUGGUUGUAAAAAAAAAAUCUUGUGGUGUUUGGGUGUUGUACUUGCUUGUUCAUAGAUUGUUAAAAUCAUUGUGUUGUAAUUUGUAAACUAUCUAUCUUGCAUAUAGUUUUAAAUUGAUAUUUAACCAUGAAGGUAGGCACCUAAGCAGUAUCUGCAUCUUGUUCUGUUGCUUCUUAGGCUUUACAAUUGGGAUCUCACGCAACAUGUAUCAGGCUCUGUUUGUUUGUUAGACCCAUCCUUGCAUUGGAUAAUUUGGUCAGUAUUAGUGUUGCUCUUUGCUCGUUUUUACUGUGUAUUUGAGCUCUUUUUCCGUUUGUAAUUCUGUCUGUGAAGGUCUGAGUAUUUGUGUUAGCUACUGUCUAUGAUUCUAUUUUCUGUUAGCUCACCUGAUCUUUAGCUACGUUGCCAGUAUUUGUUUUUUUUUUUGGUCUUUUGCUUCAAGAAGAGUGAUGUCCUAAAGAAUUCAUUGUUCAGUUUGGUUUGAUGUCCAGUCUUGUUAAUCAAAACAAGAAUGAUGCAAUAGCUUCUUGCUACUCUGCUGUGCAAAGUUAAUUUCUGUUGGCGUGAAUUGCUAUGGGAGUUUCAAAGGGCGGAUGUACUAACUGCUGUUGAUACUCUGCUCUAACUCAGAAGACAAUGUUUUGCGCUAGUGCGGAGGAUAAUUCUGUUCACAAACUGAAUACUCUAUUGUAAAACAGUGUGAGUUUGAUGCAGUUGCAUUGCAUUGGUGAUCA